AUGCGGCUUCUGGAGGACCUGUGGGAGGUUUCGUCUACAGCUGGAAACGAGUCUGAAGCACACUUGUCUAUGUCGUGGUGGAGGAUGAGGAACACAGAUGAACUUCUCGCUUUUGGAGAACCUAGCUGGGAUGAUUUCCCACGGCCAGAGCAAGAACAGCCAGCACACUUUGAAGACAGCAUGAUGCAGUCAGUGCUGGGGUUCGUGAUCCUUUCUGAACGAGAGGCGCAAGCUCGGAGCGAGACCAGCACUCACCAACGCUCCGCCUCUAGAGAGCAGCGUUUGGCAUGUGGAGUCCGAGAGGAUUGCCUGCGCUCAGAAGGUAGAUGCACCUUGCGAAAGCCGCACAACCAUGGCUUAGCACCCCAGCAACUGGAUUCACAGGAUGUGCCACCCGUCGCGCAGCAAGCCCCCCUUUUUGGUCAAGUCGACCAUGGAGACGAGGCAGAUGACCCCACCGCUGAGGACGAGCUCGUGGAAGCGGUGUUCUCAGCGGGACUAGACUUCCAAAGGGCGCUAUGCUUCCAAUCAACCUUGGAAGUCAGCUUCUCCGACGACACCUGGUGCAAACGGAAGAAAGAUUUGCGGGACCGGACCCCCUGGGGCAAAUGGCCGACCAAUCAAGAUGAUGAUGAAGACGACACUUGGGGCAAAUGGAGG